GUCAUCCUCGCUCUCUCCCUCUCUCUCAGGCUCCUUCGGGCGAACCGGCAGCAGCUGCAGCAGGAGGAAGAAGAUGGGUGAGCGGAGCGGGGCGUUUUGGAUUUAGGGACGCGCGAGUUGCCCCUUCCCUGGGCUGCCUUGUUAAGAGGUUCUCAAUAACGUGGUCGAGCUGGCUUGAGACAAGAAAUGACAUGGCAAACACGUGUUUUCCGUGCAGACGUGACGUUUCAGUUUGCGGGCUGCUCUUCUUUAUUGAGGGGGGGGGGAAGACCUUCAGAGCAGUUAUCACUCCUCUGCACACACGUGCCUAAGGUGCCGGCGAAAAGAAUGCAAGGCAACCAGAAACAAAUCGUUAUGGCAGGGGUAUGUUUCUCCAAGGUAUCUACUUUGAUACUUUUUACACCUCAGGUUAAAGCUCCCGCGCCUCCCCCCCCCCCAAAUGUUCCUGGACUGUUUAACUUUUCAAACUUCGUAGUACCGUUCUAUGCAUUUUCUGCUGCCCACUAUUCUAUUAUUGAAUUUACUUCAUUAUUAUUAUUAUUAUUACUACUAUUUUACUGGAAAUAUUGAUUCACAUCUUCGCUUGUAGGGAUCCAGCAGAAACUCUUAGGCGGAGGAAGGGUGAUGGCAUUUUUUGCUGAUGACCCUGCAACAGCUCUGAGCCAUCUCCAUCCCACUGCUGCAGCUUUUGUGGGGGCUGCAGCAAAAAGGAGGGUUUGGUGCAAAUCACUCACGUCUCCCGCUUCCUCCAAGCAUGUAGGGAACACUGCUGAUUUCUAGUCUGAAUAUAAACGACUGAAGGAUAUAUAUUUUUGUAAUAAAAUAGCAUAUAUUUAAGCUCAAGCAUCAGAAGCUACAGCAGUGCUGGUUUAAAUGAAGUCCUUUAAAGACAAGCUUAGGGAAGUUGUCAUUACUUGGUGCCUAAAGAUGAAAGGCUUUCUCAAUUUGUUUUGUCCUUUCAGGCAAGUGCCGUGGGCUUCGGACAGCCAGGAAGCUGCGCAGUCAUCGCCGAGACCAGAAAUGGCAUGACAAACAAUACAAGAAGGCACAUCUGGGUACUGCUUUGAAAGCCAACCCUUUUGGGGGAGCUUCCCAUGCCAAAGGAAUUGUCUUGGAAAAAGUGUGAGUGAAGCUUCUUAGUGGGACUAAUGAGAGAGAAACUCCGAAUGGUUUGUUUGCUUGUUUUGUCCUAGCACCAGAGAGGGUAUUGAAACAUUGCUGUAGCUUAUAGUAAAACAUUUGUGUAUUAUACCAGUUGUUCCAAAUCUGUACAGACUUAGGCAUAUCUAAGACCAUUUAUAACAGUGGACUUAGGAGACUCUCAGUAAUGUUUUGUGGAGGGGAAUGUAAACAUUCAGGCCAGAAGUUAAUGAAAUUCAGGAAAGUAUAGAUUGAGAAUCCUUAAGUUAUUUAACCAUGCUCAUUCACACAUGCAGAAAGCUUUGUUGGUAACACAGAUAUCAUAGCGUUGGUUUAUUUCUAAAACUGCAGGAUAAAAUUUCUGUGUAAAUGUUUUACAGUCAAAAGUUCUAAAGGAAUCACUUUCUGGAGAGGUUUUUUUUUAAUUCUUGUCACUCUGUUCUUAUUGCUAAAGGUAGAAAAUAUUGGGUAACUUUUCCCCUUUAAAAUUUGUGAUUAGCAUAUGGGGUGAUCGUCAGGUAUGCUUUACUCACAGCAGACCCAAUAAAAUGAAUGAACAUGGCUAAGUAAGAUUCAUUAAUUUUAGUAGGUCUAUUGUUGAGUAAAACUUAGUUGAACUGUCUACAAAAUUAUGUUCCACUUCAUUAUUUUUUAAAAUUAGGUUUAAGUAGUCUAGAAUCAGUUACUGUAUGUCUUCUGACUGCCAGCACAAUCCUAGAAAUGUUUAAGUAAAAAAUUAUUAAAUUUGAAUUAAAUAUAACUAGCAAUGGAACUUAGAGACUUAUUAUUCAAAUCAUUUAUGUUGUCCACUUCAUGUUUCAGCGGUGUUGAAGCUAAGCAGCCAAAUUCUGCCAUCAGGAAGUGUGUCCGAGUUCAGCUCAUCAAGAAUGGAAAGAAAAUAACAGCCUUUGUUCCUAACGAUGGUUGUCUGAACUUCAUUGAGGUAAGCAUAUUCCAGAAACCGUUAUUUAUUGUAUUUAUUUAUUUUCUUGUAUAAAUAAACCCACUUUUCAUCAUAUUAAUCAAGGGUAGGUUACAACAAAUUCCUGAGCUAAACAGGCCAGUACCCACAUAAAAUAGCACAAAACAUUUUAGAAAUAUAAAGCUAAAGGACCCCUGGACAGUUAAGUCCAGUCAAAGGUGACUAUGGGGUGUGGUACUCAUCUCGCUUCAGGCUGAGAAAACUGGCAUUUGUCCUCAGACAGCUUUCAGGGUCAUGUGGCCAGCAUGACUAAACCGCUUCUGGUGCAAUGGGACACUGUGCCGAGUGCCAGCGUGCACGGAAACUCCAUUUACUUUCUUGCCACAGUGGUACCUAUUUAUCUACUCUGACUGGUAUGCUUUUGAACUACUUGGUUGGCAGGAGCUGGGACAAAGCAAAGGGAACUCAUCCCAAAACGCAGAUUUGAACUUCCAACUUUAUGAUUGGCAAGGCCAAGAGGCUCAGUGGUUUAGACCACAGCGCCACCACUUCCUGUUUUACAAAUAUACACAGCUCUAGAAAUAGUUCUUUAUACAGCAAAUGGUAUAAUCACAGCAACCAGCCACAGUACCUACCCCUUUAAAAGUUUUAGCAAAGUGGUGCUAUUGGUGAAAAUAAUACGCAGUUCAACUGAGAAAAAGAAUGAAUUAAUUGAACCAAACUACUUUAUUAUAGCUGCUUGUAGUUAUAAAGGCUUUAAAAAAUGUAUGCAUGUGUAUUUGUUGUGAACAAACACUUGCUUUCUCACUUUAUCUGUAGGAGAACGAUGAAGUCCUGGUUGCUGGGUUUGGUCGGAAAGGGCAUGCUGUUGGUGACAUUCCAGGAGUUCGUUUCAAGGUCGUCAAAGUAGCAAAUGUUUCUCUGUUAGCAUUGUACAAAGGCAAGAAAGAGAGACCAAGAUCAUAAUAUCUGUGAUGCUGCAUUCAGCUAUAAUAAAACUUCUCAUUUGACAAUA